GACAGUACAAUUUCGAUUUAACAAUAAUUAAGUAUUAAAUAAAUUCGAGAAAAUGACAAAAUUCGUUUAUGCAGCUGUAAUUUUACUACUGCUGGGUGUUGCUAUAAUUAAAGCAAAUGCUUGUAUGAUUCGGAUAUUUCUGACGAAUCCCGGUCAACGCAUAUGUGAAUUGAAAUGUCGUCCACCGGGACAAAUGCCUGUUAUGGAAUGCUAUACACCGACACGCGUUUAUCGAGCAGUUGCUUGCCCCAGACAUUGUUGUCGUUUGGAGGGACCCAUAUGUAGAGAGCGUUGAGUCUGAAUUAUAUACUCGUACACCUGUUAAGGAAAAUGGGAGACUUACUUUCUAAAUAAAAAAUAAUGGUGUAAUAAUGUAAUAAAAAAUGUAUAAAAUGUGGUGAACACCUU